UACACAUUAGAAGAACCGACAAAAUCGGCAGUGAAGCUAGUCUGCAUACGYUAGAUGAAUAUAUGUCUCAUGUCGAAGAUUAUUAUAAACAAAAAGAGCUAAGUGGUGAAGUUAACCAGAAAAGAAUUUAUUUGGCUACAGACGAGCCAACUUUGUUUGAUGUGGCCAAACACAAUUAUCCUGAGUAUGAAAUAAUCGGUUCCGAUGAUAUAUCUAACACAACGUCUGUAAUAAACCAAAAAUCUAAACAAGCUUUGAUUGGUAUACUGGUUGACAUACAUUUUUUAUCCAUCAGUGACCACAUAGUUUGUACUUUCUCAUCACAGAUUAUUUACCUUCUAAAAGCAAUGCUUGUGUUGAAGGUAGAGAGCGACAAAUUACUUACAGAUAGUAAUUAA